CGCCCCGCCCGGAAGACGGAAGACACCGCGGCAGCUCUCCCGUCAGCGUCCGUGAAGGAUUUACGUGCGCGCGCCGGUCCUCUCGCGUUCCCCGGUGUGAGCCUCUUCAUGCCCGUUGCUGAUCCCCGCUCCACCGCUGUCUCACCGGACCCCAGACCUGUGGCAUGAGUUUUAUCAACAAAUGGAGACGAACGGUGAAGAAGGAUGACGGGAAAAAGGGUGCCACGCAGGCACAAGACGUCCCAGAUGAUGUGGACUCCCCGAGCCGGUUGUCAGUCGUAAACAGUCCAAACAUGGAUCCAAUUAUCACAGACUUCAAUUUACAGCUUCAGGACAACGAAGGUUCUCCAGAUCCGACGAGUCCUUCAAAUGGGUGCUCGCGGUCCGACCUGUCGCUCGCUCUGGAGGACUGCAUGGCGGCUCUGGAUCAGUUCCUGAGAAAUGACUUUGAGGAGGCGCAGGCCCGCCUCCGAUGCAGGACGAAAGACAGCAUGUACCACGCUCUAACCUACGCCACCAUCCAGCAAAUGCAGGCCAUGAUGACAUUUGACCCCCAGCACAUUCUGGCUGCGGGCAGCACCAUGAAGGAGGCGCAGACCAUCUGUCAGCGGUUCAGGAAGAAGUCCACGUUCAACAGAAACUUCACUGAAGAGGAACUCCACGCUGAGGUGUGCUACGCCGAGUGCCUCCUGCAGAGGGCAGCACUCACUUUCCUUCAGGAUGAAAACAUGAUCAGUUUCAUCAAAGGGGGAAUCAAAGUGAGGAACAGCUACCAGGCAUACAAAGAGCUUCACACUAUCCUCCAGUCAUCUGGAUACACUAAGGGUGACAACCACAGACACUUUGAGGGGGGUGUUAAACUGGGAGUUGGAGCCUUUAACUUAAUGAUUUCCAUGUUGCCCACUCGGAUGCUCAAGCUGCUGGAGUUUGUCGGUUUCUCUGGCAACAAGGAGUUUGGUCUCCAGCAGCUUCAUGAGGGCUCUGCAGAAGGAACCUUCAGGUCCUUCUUGUGUAACAUGCUGCUCCUCUGUUAUCACACAUUCAUGAGCUUCAUUCUAGGAACCGGAGAAGGAGACGCUGAAGAUGCAGAGAAACUCCUGAAACCAUAUCUGGAAAAAUAUCCCAAGGGGUCCAUCUUUUUGUUUUUUGCUGGUCGAAUAGAGGAGAUCAAAGGCAACCUGGAUGGGGCUAUCAAGCGCUUCCAGGAGUGCUGUGAGGCCCAGCAGGAGUGGAAGCAGUUUCAUCACAUGUGCUACUGGGAGCUGAUGUGGUGCUUCACCUACCAGAGGCACUGGAAGAUGGCCUACUUCUACGCUGACCUGCUUAGCAGGGAGAACUCCUGGUCCAAGGCCACGUACGCGUACAUGAAAGCAGCUUACCUCAGCAUGCUGACGGAGGAUGAUUGUCUAACCUUUGGGGAAUCUGCUCUAACUCUGUUCAGGCAGGUUCCUGGGCUGAAGCAGAAAAUCGCAGGGAAAUCUUUACCGACGGAGAAGUUUGCCAUCAGGAAAGCCCGCCGCUACCUGGCAGAAAACCCGAUUCCUCUUCCUGUCGCUCCUCUGGAGAUGAUGUACAUUUGGAACGGCUACACAGUCAUUGGAAAACACAAAGAGUUGACGGAGGGCAUGCUGGCUACUCUGGACGAAGCACAGGCCACGCUCGAAAGCUCCCCAAGGUCAGAGUACUCCACAGAUGACCAGUGCUUGAUAAGCUUCUUGAAGGGCCUUUGUCUCAAACACUUGGGGCACCAUGAGGAGGCUGAGCACUAUUUCACUCUCGUCCUCUGCAAUGAGGGUCAGAUCAAAUAUGACCACUACCUGGUUCCCAACGCUCUGCUGGAGCACGGUCUGCUGUGUCUGGAGCAAGGCAGACGAGCUGAAGCCAUUAAGCUGCUAGAAGCAGCAAAAAACAAUUUCAAGAAUUACUCCAUGGAAUCCCGGACACACUUCCGUAUUCAGGCUGCUUUGCACAAGGCCAAAGCAACAGAGGAGAAUGGAAUCCACACGCCCUCAAGCCCAUAAUGGACCGAGGACGGGACACGAAGGCAGAACCAUCUCUGUUUCUGCAUCAGAGCAGUUCUGCCUGUUAGCAGUUUAAGUGUCUUCAUCCACAGCGUAGGAGGAAGAGGGAGGAUACUUUUUCUUGCGUGUUCUUCCUUAUAGAUGAGCUCUGUGGCUGAUUUACACCGGCAGAUUCGCUACGUCCUCUUCCACAAAUACCCAUCCGUUCAUUCAAUGUAAAGAUCCAAUGAGAAAUCGAAAAUAUGCUUAGAAAACAUCAAGCUUCUGCAUCUAUUCUGGGACCAUCCACACUAUAGAUGUUUAUUCAGCUUUUUUUAACGACCUCCAAAGGACAAAUAUAUGCCCAGGUUCAUCUGUUAUUCUUUUAUUUAAAUGCACAUUUAAGUUGCAUAUUUAUCAAGAAUUGAUAAAUAUGUGAAAAGAAUUGGGAAAAGGGAGAAUUUUGCUAAUCUUCCCGUCAUUAAAGGAAAAUUCUUCCUGUUUAUCCUUAUAAAUUUACAAAAAUGAGCCUUAACACAAACAAAAAACACAGACUGCAGCCCCACUGAAUCCAGUACUUGGUUCAAUAGUCAGAUUACAUUAUCUGUGAGGUGUAUUUAUUUAGAAAAGUUUUACUGAUCAAAGCUACUGACCAACCAAGUUCUGAAAGUUGGAGAAUUUAGAUUUGUAUCAUUUUAUUUUUAAUAUUUUACUUGAAAAUUCAAAGGCAGAAUUUUCUUCUCGUCUCUCCCUCUAAAAAGGUUUUAGCAUAUUUUAUUACUUUGUAAUGUUCGCAUUUCCACAAUUUAAAUGACUCUAUCAGGACAAUUGUUGUUUUUAAAGUUUAAAGUUUUCCCUCCUGUUCUCCACUAACCUUCAUGAGCACACAGACCGCGUCUGCCUGCUGCAUGCAAUAGUUGUGGUUUGCUCUGUUUUGAUCAGCCGAUCUUUCCUGGAACCUCAGAAAAAAAAAGUUUCAAAAUCUACAUUCUGUCAAAUCUGUUUGUAAAUAGGCUCACCUUUUUGAUGAUUAGUGGUUUGGUUACUAGGAAAACUAUUCUGCGUACAUGCAAAAGUGUUCAAAAACACUUGAAUGAGAUGGUGUCAUGUGUUGCAAUUAGAGCACGGCUGCUUUAAUAAUAGAUGAGUACGAUUUGGGAUCCAACUGAUGUCUCGGAAUCGGUUUCAAGUUGUCUUUUUAAUGGUGAUGGAAAUUUAAUGUUAUUAGUUAGCAUCCCAGUUGCGGUCAGUCGCCAGAAUAUUACCGUUGUGUAUAAAACGUUGCUUUUUAGUGAUCGAUGAAGCUUAUUUUUGUUUUGGCCUCGGGUGGCAGACGUAGCUGUAAAAAGAAAAUCUAACCAAACCAUGUUGCUGUGUUUACAGACGCUGAAUGAUAGCAUGACUGUCUAUUGCAAAGAAUGACUUCUCUGUAAAUGUCACUGUAAUUUAUAAUAAAGUAUUGAGAGCAAUUAAAUGUCUA